AUGCACGCCAAGACUGAUUCAGAUGGAACCAGUCUUGACACCUCAUGGCCGCCAAGGUCACCAAGAAGGCCAAUAUACUACGUUCAAAGUCCAUCAAACCAUGAUGUGGAGAAAAUGUCCUACGGGUCAAGCCCAAAUCUCUCACCACCACACCUUUACUACCAUUGUUCACCCAUUCACCACUCUCGUGAGUCCUCUACGUCAAGAUUCUCUAAUUCACUCAAGUUCCCAAGGAGUUUAUCUGCUUGGAAACAUAUAAGGAUUGAUGACCAAGAUGGUGCUGAUCAUGACGGUGGUGAUGAUGAUAAAGAUGGUGGGGGUGGUGCACGUAAUGUGAGAUUGUAUUUUAUUGGGUUCUUGAUCUUUGUCCUGCUGUUCACCGUGUUUUGUUUGAUCCUGUGGGGUGCUAGCAAGGCUUAUACGCCUGAAAUUUUAGUCAAGAACAUUGUGUUCGAGAAUUUUUAUGUUCAAGCAGGGAAUGAUCAAUCAGGAGUGCCAACAGACAUGCUGUCUUUGAAUGCUACGGUCAAGAUUCAUUACAAAAAUCCCGCAACAUUUUUUGCCGUCCAUGUCACCUCUACCCCUCUUGAAAUUCACUAUUUCCAGCUCAAACUUGCCUCUGGACAGAUGAAGAAGUUCUCUCAACCCAGGAAGAGCCGGAGGACAGUGGUAACAGUGGUGCACGGUUCCCAAGUUCCUCUCUAUGGAGGGGUGCCCCAUCUUGCUAAUGCUAAUGAGCGUAGUAGCAAAUUUGCAGUGCCUCUUAACCUGGGUUUUGCCUUAAGGUCGAGGGCCUACAUUUUGGGAAGAUUGGUGAAGUCAAAGUUUUAUAAGCGUGUUAGCUGCACUGUUGUUCUAACGGGCAAAAAACUGGGCAAGCCCCACAAUUUGACAAAUGCAUGUGUUUAUCACUGA